AUUACGGGAUUCAUUUCAAAUUUCCCGCUAAUAACGACGUGCUGGAACAUGGCACUUACAAACGUUGACUUAACCCUAAUUUUUUCCCCUAACUACUAAGAACAAUCAAGGUAAAAGUCCUUUAGCGUUCUAUUUGACAAGUCCAACGUUGAAUUUUUAGCGAUAAACAUCUCAAUUUACGUAACUUAAUUGUCACUGAGCCGCAGUUGAUUGAUUAGUCAUUAAUCCUCACGAAUUAGCAACUUCAGAAUGAAGGGGCAAAAGGGGGCUGUGGUUGGGUGGUGGGCAGCGGCGGAUCAUGAUUUAAAGUGUUGACCAUACUGCGAUAGAGUUUUGGUGUUUUUGUUGUGGGUCACUGGAAGUCUCCUUGGCUCAAUUCUGUGUAGCUUCUCCUUUUGUGAUUUUGAAAUUGCUACUCGAGGAUCAUGAACAGAAUGGGGACACCUACACGCAGUUCAAACACCAAACGGCGAAAUGAAAUGAUGAGGCUUCUUGUAACAACCUUUGCUGGAGUUGUGCUUGGCAUUUUCUUAGGUGUAUCGUUUCCUACACUUUCAUUUACCAAGCUGAACCUACCUUCUAGUCUUUUCGGAUUAAUUGAUCUCUCUUUCAUUGAGGACAAGUAUUCAGGCCUCUCAACUCAAGAUCUAUUAAAUGUCUUGUCUUCCCUGAGGAGCCACAGAGGCAAUUCACACAAGCAUAAUGACACAAAGAUUUGGGUUCCAUCAAACCCUCGAGGUGCUGAGAGACUAUCACCGGGUAUCAUUGCAUCUGAGUCUGAUCUUUAUCCUCGAAGGUUGUGGGGCCUACCCCGCGAGGAUUUGAUUAUCAAACCUAGGUAUCUUGUCUCCUUUGCAGUUGGCUACAAGCAGAAAAAUAACAUUGAUGCGGCAGUCAAAAAGUUUUCAGAGAAUUUUACCUUUAUGUUGUUUCACUAUGAUGGUCGAACAAGUGAAUGGGAUGAUCUUGAGUGGUCCAAGCGGGCUAUCCAUGUUAGUACGCGAAAACAAACUAAAUGGUGGUACGCAAAACGCUUUCUGCAUCCAGACAUUGUAGCACCCUAUGACUAUAUAUUCAUCUGGGACGAAGACUUGGGGCUUGAGAAUUUUGAUGCGGAGGAAUAUAUAAAGUUGGUGCAGAAACAUGGUUUGGAUAUUUCACAGCCUGGUGUAGCAUCAAACAUUGAGUUGGCAUGGCGGAUGGCAAAAAGACGUAAUGACACUGAAGUCCACAAGGAGACGGAGGAAAGACCUGGCUGGUGCACUGAUCCACAUUUGCCACCAUGUGCAGCAUUCGUUGAGAUCAUGGCACCUGUUUUCUCUCGAGAGGCAUGGCGGUGUGUGUGGUAUAUGAUACAGAAUGACUUGGUCCAUGGAUGGGGUCUUGAUUUAGCUCUCAGGAAAUGUGUGGAACCAGCACAUGAAAAGAUAGGAGUUGUAGACUCUCAGUGGAUUGUGCAUCAAACUGUUCCUUCACUCGGGAACCAGGGACAAGAAGAGAACGGCAAAGCACCAUGGGAAGGGGUAAGAGAAAGGUGUAAAAGGGAAUGGACAAUAUUCAAGGAGCGUAUGGCUGCUGCAGAGAAAGACUAUUACAAGGCAAAGGGAAUUGAUCCCCUUAAUUCUACAUCUCAUUAGGUGGAAAGUCACAUGAUUAGGAUGCCAGACACUUCUUUAUGGAUUUUAGUUAUAGGCACUAAGCCACUAACAGUUUUAAAGAUGUUUUACACUGUUAGUAGUUACUUACCAUUUUUACUAGCUUACCAAUAAAUGCUUUACUUGUAAUUUACCUUAUAACGGCCUGAUUGUGUAAAUAUUUUUCACAUUGUUAGAGCAUAGAGCCUAAAGUUAUCUAGUUUACAGUUCCAAGAGGGGAGAAAGAGUUUAUGCAUUCUGCUAGUUUUUUCUUAGUAAUAUAUUUCUGUUUUGUGCCAGUCCACGGGAUAACCUUGUGCUUUAUGUAGGAAAACAAACUAUAGGACAUUAA